AUGCAGCCGCUGGAAGUCCGGGCUUCGCCCAAGGCUGUGACUGAGCAUGGAAAGUCAGUGGCGGAAGUCUCCAAACGUGAAAGGAACGCAAGGUGGUCCGAAGAAGGUACCUCCUCGCUGAGGCGCCUGUUCUCAUCAACGCAACUCCUCACCUUUGCCCUCUGUUUUAUGUCAAGCUGGGAAGUCGUUGCAAUGAAUCUAGGAGCAAGUUUCUAUAAUGGAGGGCCGCAAGCACUUGCUUGGGGCAUGUUGCUCGUUGUCGGUGGUGCCCUCGCUCUUGCCGGGUCGAUGGCCGAGCUUGCCUCCAUACAGCCUAUCGCUGGGGCCCAGUAUCAUUGGACCAAGUUUCUCGUGGCGCCACCUUCGUCCACGGAGAAGGAUCAGCAGCGCGCAAGGCUUCUUACCUGGACUCAGGGGUGGGUGACUUGGUUCGCCUGGGUAUCGUCUCUGGCUGGCUCGACAUCAUCCAUGGCCAAUAUCCUCCUUGGACUUGUCACGGUCAAUCACCCGAGUUAUGUCUACAAACCUUGGCACCUGACACUGCUUAUCAUUGCCCAGCUAUUUGUAGUUGGCUUGAUAAACAUCUUUGCUUUUCGCACGGUUCCGUGGCUGGAGACUAUUGGCGGUGCUCUUCACAUCGUCAUCUGGCUUGUUUUUGUUGUCGUCUUCGCCGUUCGGAGAGGUAAGAGUGACGCGAGUUUUGUGUUCUUUGAGAGAAGCGCUACAUCUGGAUGGACGAACGGAGUCGUAUCUUGGAACUUGGGCCUCCUAGUCACGUCUUGGGGCUUUGUUGGUUUUGACGGUGUGGUCCACAUGAGUGAAGAAGUCCGCCGGGCAAAACAUGCGGUGCCAAGGGCAAUGAUAUGGACCAUUGUUCUGAACGGUAUACAAGCUUAUGGUAUCAUGCUGGCUCUCCUUUUUGCCAUGGGCGACGAUGCCGUCGAAAUCCUCAACUCGCCAUACCCGAUAAUACCGUUAUGUUUCAACGCGGUAGGGCAACGAGCCGGAACGGCAAUGGUCAUCAGCCUCCUUGUCAUUACCUUUUGUGUGGUGACGGGCUCUUUGGCCUCUGUGUCGCGGAUCACCUGGGCUUGGGCUAGAGAUCGUGGUCUGCCGCGGUGGUUUGCAAAGAUUCACCCAGUGCACCGAGUCCCUGUCCGCUCAACUGUGUUACCGAUCGUCAUCGUAACGUUCCUUGCACUGUUCACAGUGGGAAACACAGCAACAUCAACCAUAUUUUCAGCAUUCACAUCCCUGAGCAUGCUUGGCUUGUACAGCUCGUAUAUCAUUGCAAUCGGCUGUAUGAUCCAUGCACGGCUUUCGGGACGGAUUGGAACUGGGCCAGACUACCCGGUACAGUUUGGCGACUGGACUUUGCCCAACGGAGUUGGCUUGCCUCUUAACAUAUAUGCUUUGGCAUGGUCCUUAUACAUUACCAUCUGGCUGCCAUUCCCAACUACCAUACCCGUCGUUAAACUGGCCGGGCUUGGACAGUAA